UGAGCGGAGCCCAGGCCCCGCUCGCAUGCGAUUGCUAGUUCACGCCACGUGGCAAGUCUUGGAGUAGACGUAAAUACGUGAAAACCCUACGCCGCUCUUCCAUUCGUGAAAGACCGAACAAAACCCUUCCCUCUCGGAGAUCAAAGACGGUUUAUGUUUCCGGUGGCUGUGGCUGGACGCAUUUAAACUCUUCUGAUUCCAAUCUUGCUGUGUUUGGAGAGACUCAAGGGUUUGUAUCAGACCGAGGCGAAGAAUGCGGACACUGUUUGUAACUCAGCUGCAUGCAAGUGUGAGCGAGAAGAGGCUCAAAUCAGUAUUUGAGAAAUAUGGUCCCGUUAAAAGGACGAAAAUUAUUCCUUACCCGUGGAAGAAGAAUUGUGCUUUUGUGGAGUUUGAGCAGGAGAGUGAUAGUCAAGAUGCGUUGGUGGAUAUGCGUUUCAAAUUCUUCCCGGACAAAUGGCAAUGGAAAGUGUGCUAUGCUCACUCGGAUGAUCCUGGAAAGAGUGUUGUAGAAGAGAAUGUUGAAGAAGUUGAUUGGCAACUAGUGCCUCAAUCGUCAUCCGACUCAAGAAAGGCUCUUGAAGAAGAUCAUUCCUCAUCGUACUCUGGGGUCACACCAACAUCAACCACUUCUGCUCCCUCAUCAUCCUCUGGGGUCACACCAUUGCCAAGCACUUUUGAUACGUUUAAGUGGCCUCCUCGCCCAUUUGCCUCGAUUUCUGCUGGGUUUGUAUCAGACUGCGGCGGAAGAAUGCGGACACUGUUUGUAACUCAGCUGCAUGCAAGUGUGAGCGAGAAGAGGCUCAAAUCGGUAUUUGAGAAAUAUGGUCCCGUUAAAAGGACAAAAAUUAUUCCUUACCUGUGGAAGAUGAAUUGCGCAUUUGUGGAGUUCGAGCGGGAGAGUGAUAGUGAAGAUGCAUUGGUGGAUAUGCGUUUCAAAAGCUUCCUAGGCAAAUGGCAGUGGAAAGUGCAAUAUGCUCACUCGGAUGAUGCUGGAAAGAGUGUUGAAGAAGAGUGUGUUGAAGAAGUUUAUUGGCUACUUGUGCCUCGAUCGUCAUCCGACUCUAGAAAGGCUCUUGAAGAUGAUCAUUCCUCAUCCCACUCUGGGGUCACACCAACAUCAACCACUUCUGCUCCCUCAUCAUCCUCUGGGGUCGCACCAUCGCAAAGCUCUCUUCCUAGGUUUAAGUUGCCUCCUCUCCCACUUGCCUCGACCACAGCUGGGGUCACAGCACUGGCACACACUUUUGCUCCCUCAUCAUACUUUGUGGAUUUACCUCACUCAAGUCCACCCACAAGCCGCACAACUUUCCCAGCUCACAUCAAAGUUCCCGAAGUUUUCUCAGACACCCUGACUUUUGGAACAGUUGGGGAUAUCCUUCAUAGCAUUAGCUGCAAUUAAGAAGAAUCAUUCCUACAUUCCUAUUUUUGUAUAUUCUAGUUACGCUUACUAAUAUGUCUGAGCUGAGGCCAUUGCAACAUGGUCAGCUAGUCUGUAACUCUUAACGGAUUUUGUAAUGUAAAGACAGGUUUCAUUUCAACAUGGUCGGCUAGGCUUUAAGGGAUUUUGAAAUGUAAAGACAGGUUUACAGCGACUCUGGUGGAAGGGUAGAAAUCAUGUUCUUCAAUGGGUGAAAUCGUGUGGUUUAAAUUUUUGUUA